CUGACGCUGCCUCUUUGGCAUGUGUUCUUCUGGCAAUGCUCCUACUCCUGUCCUCUUUUUCUCCAUUGCCUGCCCCAGGAGAUUUGUGGCUGGAUCUGCCAUUGCAGAGAGUUCGGCGUGGCAAGCAGACUGCCUCCUCCAAGGAUACCCAUCCCUUACCCUGCAUCCCCAACCCUAUUGUGUGUUUGAAUGUGGGAGAUACCAUCCUUUUCCAGCUCACCAUCCAUCCCCGCAAUCGCACUUCCAGCCACUACCCCAUCUAUCAGAAACAACAUCUGUACAACAGCAACCCUGUCUGGGAUUUUGGUCCUUUCCGAAGACUGGACCACCUUAUUCGGGAGACUCACCUCAACAUCUCCAGGUUUGCCCAUGUUUUCCUAGAUCCUGGGAGAUACGUUUUCAGGGAUAGCACCGUCCAGGAGCGUAUCUUGAUUGUGGCUGUAAAUGAGGAGAACAUGGGCUGUGACCCUGUCAAUGCUUCCUUCCAGCCCUCCUCUCCAUACCAGCUGGCCAGACAUGGCGUUCUGAAACAUCAUGCACUAAAUUUAGCUCCUGACUGGGCAACUAUCUCAGCAGUGCUCUUUGUCCUGGGCUUCUUGAUGGUUGUGCUGAUGACCCUGGCUAUCAUGCUGAGACCCCCCAUUUUUAGCCCCAGUCCCAUGAACAACUGGAAGCCACGGUGGAGGAGCCUGAGUGAGCCACACAUCCCACCUGAGUACAUCCUCAUUAAAGACAGCCUUCAGUUCUAUGAAGCCCUUGGUCCCCGGGGUUCUGGAAGAGGAGCUGAUGCUGGAGAGAAAGGAGUUAUCCAUGGUCCAGGCCAGCAGCCCGCACUGAGGGACCUGGAAGAUUUCAGCGUCCGCACCCUAUAUGAUAAACUGGAGGACCAAAACCUUCACCUGGCUUCUCAGAUGGCAAAACACAGGGUGGAUGUGUUGGCCUUUUACAGGGCGAUCAGCCAGAGGAUCCAGGGUCUGAUGGACAUGGUGCAAACUCUGGACUCUGAAGGGCUGAAAGUCCUCUCCAGGCAAAGCAUCUCAGUGCAUAGAACCCAGGGGAGCACCCAGGCGGCCAUGGGCAUUGGGCGAAAUGACGAAUUGACCAGCAGAGACUUUCAAGCAAUGGGCCACACAGGUGCUGAGUGGCGAGAGGCAACAGAGUUAAUGAAAGCUCUGAAAAUCCUACUUGGUAAAGUCCAUUAUGAGAAGACAAUUGUGAAGCAAGAGCCAUCACAGCACAUACAGGGACAGGAUAGGACGGCAGAAGCCAGCCUGGCCAGUCAAAGGAAAGCAGGAGCAGAGGGAGGGCAGGUGAAGAACAGCCUACCCAAAAUGGACCUCUGUAUUAUUCCCAAUGGCUUGUGUCUCUGUCCAUGUCUAUAUACUUGGGCCUUGUUUGUCAUACAGGAUCCUGGCGGGCUCCAGCACUACGGAUGCUCCAAUAAGAAAGGCCCCUUUGUCACCUGCGAAGAACAAGGUCUAGGUCCUCAGCCUGGGAGGACCAUGCUGGCCUGUCUGACUGAGCUUGAGGUGGAGAGUCUGAUGGCAACUUCCCCCCUUGCCAGGACCCUGCGUGAGAUCAGGCAGGCUUUGGAGAAGCAGCAGCAGUGUCCUAUUGCUUCUGCUGCAGAGGCAUAUUUGAGAGACAGUUCUCUGAGGUCCACCAGGAAUUCACUGGUCGCCACAGAUCUGGCCAGCUUGUCCCCUCGCCAGUUUGUGGUUUACCACUUUGGCUGCACUGUGAUUCGCCUGCUAAGCAGGGCCUGCUCCCACCCGGCUGUGGUACUCAUGUUGGCUCAGACAGUCCCAGACCAAAGCCCAGAAGGGGUCCAAGAGGGUCUCCAAAGCCCUGGAGAUUCCUACUAUGAUGCCACCAACAGGUUCCUGUAUAUAUGUUCAGCACGCCUGGAGAAUGCUGGGGAAUUUAUAUCCAUCCUGCUGAAUGCUAUGGCAUGGAUCAAAGCAGGAUCUACAGCAGCUGCCACUGCUCAUUCUUGCUUUCAGGUGGAACUCAACAAAGGCAUCACAGCUCUAGCCAAUGCCUUUUUCCAGUGUUCCUGGGGAGCAGUAGAGAAGGAUCCUGCAGAAGAUAAACGAUCUACUUGCUUUGACUCCCAGACAAUAUUUGAAGAACUUCUGAGCAUCCGAAUGUCGCCAGAUCCCCAGUUCCUUGAGAAAUCCCAACAUGAAAGGUUGCAAAAUUACCAACAUUUUCAGCUUCAGACGGAGAUUCAGGAUAUGAUGGAAAGUUCAAGGAGAAAAGGAGCAAUGAAGUGGAGUGGUGAGGGGGAUAAGAGAAAUGCAGAUUCCUCUGGCAUUCAGGUUGCAAAGCUAGAGAAGAUGCUGGAUGGUCUGAAUGAGGAGUUCUUCCAGCUCACAGUGCAGGCCUUGGCAAUACAGAAGGAGGAGGAACUACUGGACCAGAAGCUCAGAAUCCGGGAGGAAUCAUUUGCGACGCUGGGCAGGAUUCAUGAGGAGGAAGCACAACACUUCACAGAGCAGCUGGAAUCCUGGGCUGCAAAGAGAGACCAGGCCCAGUUGCUGGAAAUUAAGAAGAGCUGUGUUGCUCAGAGAAUUAAAGACACAGAAUCUGAGCUCUUUCAUCUUCUGCAAACCACAGCAGACACCAGCUUAUCUCCUGAAGGAGUCCAGCAAUCCUUUCGUACCAGCUAAAAGCAUCCAACUGAUGAUGUUCCAUCAUUGCUGUGUUGAACAGACCUGUGAAAACAUAGGCACCUAUUUUCCAUGGGACAUUCAUACAUGUACAUACACACAGUGACAUGCUGGUACAUAUAUGAGGCUACACAACCUUCAACCCACACAUAAGCAUCAUGUGGGUUAUAUGGGCACAUACUGGCGAUAAAUAUAUGCACAGAAACAAAGACACUAAUGGAUACAGUUUGAUACAAAUACAUAUGUUCAUGAACAUAGGUGUUCACAUAUACACUGAUAGAAGCAUGCUGUAGUUCCUACAUAUAUAUACUCUUUACAGCUGUGAAG